AUGUCGCAAAUCCCUCUCAACUACGAAGCCUCUGCGGGCGAUAGCCACAAGCAGACUGUCACCAGCCUGCCACCGGAAGUGGUCCAAUGUCUCGAGAACGCCCGUUUCCUUCACCUGGCUACCUGUACAGAUAACCAGCCGCACGUGUCACUCAUGAACUAUACCUAUCUGCCGUCAUCCCAGUUCUCCGCCAUGCCCGUCAUCAUCAUGACGACGAAUCCGUCCUCCAAGAAGAUGAAUAACGUGGUAGAAAACCCCAACGUAUCCCUCUUGGUACACGACUGGGUAUCGCACCGGCCGCCGACUCAGCACCGCCGACCGUCGGGUGGCUCGCCGGGCCCCGAGCACAGAUCGAGCCUGGCCUCGCUGCUCCUGAACCUCAAUACGAGCGCCAUGUCGAGCAUUAGCGCCACCAUCAACGGUACCGCCUCGCUCGUACCGCAGGGUUCCGAAGAGGAGAAGUUCUACAGGGAACAACAUUUGGAAAACAACACGUUCGAUUCCGAAGGCGGCGUCCCGCCAUUCCACCAGCAGGCUCAGGGUAACCAAGAAGAUGGGGGAAGGAAUUGUUUCGUUGCGGGUGAGGAGGUUAGAGUGAUUCUCGUCAAGAUCAAAGAUAUCCGGACGAGUGAUUGGAAGGGUGGUGUCCAGGAUUGGGUCUUGGCGAGCGAAACGGAUUCUACAACUGUUAAUGGCAUCCGGUAG